AUGGACAUAAUUGGCUGUUAUGGUAGAGCAUCGGGGCAUGAGGUUAAUCUGGUUAAAUCCUCUAUUAUGUUUGGCAAAAAGGUUCCUGCCGAUAUACGUUCCCAGUUGAAAUCAGUUAUUGGUAUUUCUAAGGAAGGCGGUAUGGGUUCUUAUUUGGGUAUUCUUGAAAACCUGCAAGGCUCGAAAACUAAGGUUUUUAGUUACGUUAAGGAUCGAUUGGACGAUCGAGUCAAUGGUUGGUCCGCCAAAUGUUUAUCUAAGUGGAAGUCCAAUGAUAAGGCUCGAGGUAUGCAUUGGGUUGCUUGGGAUAGAUUGUGUAAAGAUAAAUGUGAAGGAGGAUUAGGUUUCCGAGCUUUGGAACAAUUCAAUGAAGCCAUGCUGGCCAAAUAG